GGCUAGGGGAACGGAAUUUGUGUUAGUCCAGCGAGAACCAGCGGGCUUUUUAGACUCGCCAGUAGUAGCCCAAAUCCCACUUUAUAAGUCGGGGUGUAUUGCGAUUGAGUGGGAGGACCAGUGGCGAUGGAGACAUCGCCCUCGAAGGUGAGGUGGCUUUCCUGAGCGCGCAAUGACGCAUGUUAGUCGCGGAACUGUCAGGGGAUCCUGCGUUAAAUCGCCAUCACGAGACCGGCGCCCAGCUCCUCACCGGGCUACCUGACCCUUUCUCCAGGCGGAGGUACGCAGCGAAAGACCAAGGAUGGAGAACAGUGGGUUCUGUAACGACAACUACACCAGUGAAACCAGUGACGAUGACCUGGUAGAUCUCACCGGCGCUACGUGCGACUUUCCCGAGGAUGUGCCCUAUCUGGACGGGGACGACAGUGCAGGCCGCAGUAAGGGAGGUCAGGCCCAGAAUGGCAGUGUGGAUGUGCUGGACCUGCUGCAGGGCUGGGGGUCUGGGGUGGGCACCUACGACGACUUCAACACCAUCGACUGGGUGAGGGAGAAGUCGAAGGACCGAGAUCGCCACAGGGAGAUCAGCAGAAAGAGGAGACAGUCUAUAACGGCGCUCCUCUUAAGUGUGAGUGAUGCAUUCUCUGGCUGGCUGCUCAUGCUCCUCAUCGGUCUUAUGUCAGGAGCUUUGGCUGGAGGUAUAGACAUUGCAGCUCACUGGCUGACAGACCUGAAGGAAGGUGUGUGUCUGAAUGGCUUCUGGUUCAACCAUGAGCACUGUUGCUGGAACUCGAAGGAGACCACGUUCCAGGAGCGACACCGCUGUCCGCAAUGGAAAAGUUGGGCCGAGCUUACGGUGGGAGUCACUGAGGGGGCGAGCGCGUACGUGGUGAACUAUCUGAUGUACGUCAUCUGGGCUCUGCUCUUCUCCUUUCUCGCUGUGUUCCUCGUCAGAGCUUUCGCCCCAUAUGCUUGUGGCUCAGGAAUCCCUGAGAUUAAGACCAUCCUGAGUGGGUUCAUCAUCCGUGGCUACCUGGGGAAGUGGACUCUAGUGAUAAAGACCAUCACCCUGGUGCUGGCCGUGGCGUCGGGCCUGAGCCUGGGGAAGGAGGGCCCGCUGGUGCACGUGGCCUGUUGCUGCGGCAACAUCUUCUGCCACCUCUUCACCAAGUACCGCAAGAACGAGGCCAAGAGGCGGGAGGUGCUGUCGGCAGCGUCUGCUGUGGGCGUGUCUGUAGCUUUUGGAGCCCCUAUAGGUGGAGUGCUUUUCAGUCUGGAGGAGGUGAGCUACUACUUCCCCCUGAAGACACUGUGGCGGUCCUUUUUCGCCGCCCUGGUGGCCGCCUUCACGCUGCGCUCCAUCAACCCCUUCGGCAACAGCCGCCUGGUCCUCUUCUACGUGGAGUUCCACACACCGUGGCAUCUCCUGGAGCUCUUCCCCUUCGUGCUGCUGGGCAUCUUUGGAGGCCUGUGGGGGGCGCUCUUCAUCCGGGCCAACAUCGCCUGGUGCCGGAGGCGGAAGGCCACGCGCCUGGGCCGCUACCCGGUGCUGGAGGUGGCAGUGGUGUCACUGGCCACGGCCGUUCUGGCCUUCCCCAACGACUACACGCGCAUGAGCGGCAGCGAGCUCAUCUCGGAGCUCUUCAACGACUGCAGCCUGCUCGACUCCUCCAAGCUGUGCGACUAUGGCCCGCUGGCCAAGGGCGGAGAGCCUGCCGGCAACCUCAGCGAGGGCACCGUGGGGCAGGCCGAGCGGCCCGCUGGCCCGGGCGUCUACACGGCCGUCUGGCAACUGGCGAUGGCACUCUUGUUCAAGAUGGCCAUCACUGUGGUGACCUUUGGCAUGAAGGUGCCAUCGGGGCUGUUCAUCCCCAGCAUGGCGGUGGGUGCAGUAGCAGGCAGACUCCUGGGCAUCGGCAUGGAGCAGCUUGCAUACUACCACCACGACUGGGAUAUGUUCCACGGCUGGUGCUCGCCGGGAGCCCACUGCAUCACGCCGGGCCUGUACGCUAUGCUCGGUGCUGCCGCCUGCCUUGGUGGCGUAACUCGGAUGACCGUCUCCCUGGUGGUCAUCAUGUUCGAGCUGACCGGCGGCCUGGAGUACAUCGUGCCGCUGAUGGCGGCGGUGAUGACCAGUAAGUGGGUGGCGGACGCGCUGGGCCGGGAGGGCAUCUACGAGGCGCACAUCCGCCUCAACGGCUACCCCUUCCUGGAGCCCAAGGAGGAGUUCGUGCACAAGACGCUGGCCACGGACGUGAUGCGUCCGCGCCGCAGUGACCCGCCCCUCUCGGUCGUCACGCAGGACGGCAUGACCGUGGAGGAGCUGGAGGGGCUGAUCUCUGACACGUCCUACAGCGGCUUCCCCGUGGUUGUGUCGCCCGAGUCGCACAGGCUGGUGGGGUUCGUGCUGCGGAGAGACCUGGUCAUAUCGAUAGACAACGCCCGACGCUGUCAGGAGGGCAUCGUGGGAGUGUCUCGGGUCAUCUUCACAGAACACACUCCGGUUGAGGCCCAGGGCGCCCCUCCCCCGCUCAACCUGCGCGCCAUCCUGGACCUCAGCCCGCUGGCCAUCACUGACCACACUCCCAUGGAGAUCACGGUGGACAUCUUCCGCAAGCUCGGCCUCCGCCAGUGCCUCGUAACGCAGAACGGGAGACUGUUGGGGAUUAUCACCAAGAAGGACAUCCUGAAGCACAUGGCACAGAUGGCCAACAGAGACCCUGAUUCGAUCCUUUUCAACUAAUCACCUGCGUCACUACUGACCAAGAGAGAGAGACACUCCUGUUUCCUUCACUCCAUCACCACCUGUGUGUGUGUGUGUGUGUGUGUGUGGAGACGUAUGUUGCUCAUGCGGGACUGUAUGGAGGUGUUGGAGCAGGCUGUCUGUGUGCUGCAGGCCUGGGUGUGGGGCCCUGUUCUGGAGCCAGCCUUUCUCCUUCUCCUGCUUAGCCUGAGGAUGAUGGGCACCAGGCUGCUGUUGUCAUGAGAACCACCACACCAAGCCCUUUGCGUGCUACUGUAUACUAUGCACCAGGCACUUCACACUGACCUAAUCCGGAUCCGGACUGUAUUAUCAUGAAAAGCAUGCAUGUGUGGACCAAAGACUCUUGUAACACCCCACACACACACACACACACACACACACACACACAAACAGUAGUUUUCAGGAAUAUUGACAUUAUUUCUCUGUACCUUCAUUCCCAUAUUCCCUGUGUCAGGUGAGCAGAAUCCUGGGAAUGUUGUGUAGUGGGCUGUGUUUUUGUUCUAGGUGACGUGUCUGAUCUUGCCCAGGUCAGACAAUCACUGUGGGAAGAGGGUGAGAGAUGAGACAAGGGUGUAUCAUGUUAAAAAGUCACACACUAUGUCUUGCACUCACUCGCAUUUAAUCACCCUCUCAGUCUCUGACACACACACACACACACACACACACACACACACACACACACACACACACACACACACACACACACA